AUGAAAACACACAUUGUUGCUCUUGCAUCUGCAACCUUCUUGUUAGGUACAGUGCAAGCACAAAACAAGAAUGAAUCGUGGCCACAUUAUGAUUUUGUCAUUGUCGGUGGAGGAACGAGUGGAUUGGUCCUUGCCAACAGACUGUCAGAAAAAAAAGGUGUGACUGUUGCGGUCAUCGAGGCUGGAGAUUCGGUGUUCAACAAUCACAACGUCACAAACGUCGCGGGCUACGGCCGGGCCUUUGGAUCACACAUCGACUGGGCCUAUCAAACUGAGGAACAACAAUAUGCCGGGGGAUCAAAACAGAUUAUGCGUGCUGGAAAGGCCAUCGGUGGCACAAGCACCAUCAAUGGAAUGACAUAUACUCGAGCGCAGAGUAUUCAAAUCGAUGCUUGGGAAAUGUUCGGGAACAAGGGCUGGAACUGGGAGAGCCUUCUUCCAUACUACAAGAAAUCGGAAGGGUUUCAGGUGCCCACGCGAAACCAAAUAUCUCGUGGGGCCGACUACUAUAUCAGCUAUCAUGGAGAAGAAGGUCUACUGAAAGUGGGAUGGCCUAACGCGAUGACCAACAGCAGCUUACUUCCCACCCUGGAUGAGACUUUUAAUCAAUUAGGUGUCCCUUACAAUCGCGAUGUUAACGGUGGCAACAUGGUCGGCCUCACUUCCCACCCCAAUACAGUUGACCAGAAGGCCAAUGUCCGUGAAGACGCCGCUAGGGCUUACUACUGGCCUUAUCAAAAACGCUCUAAUCUCAAGAUUAUCACCAAUACUUUCGCAAACAGGAUACUAUGGGCCAAUGACUCUCACCAUGAGGCGGUUGCAAUUGGAGUGGAGGUCACCAGUCCCCAUGGCGUUGAGACGAUAUACGCCUCCAAGGAGGUCAUUCUCUCAGCUGGCUCGUUGAAAUCCCCUGUCCUCCUGGAGCUGUCCGGGAUUGGUAACCCGGAUAUCCUCCACAAGUAUAACAUCCCCAUCAAAGUUAACAUUUCCAGCGUUGGUGAAAAUUUGCAGGACCAAACAAACAACGGACUGUCUUAUGAGGGGACGGAGUUUUGGCUCGGAUCACCAACCUUCUCCGUUCUACCGUCAGCUAAUCAGAUUUAUGGAACUAAGGUCACCGAGAUCGCUUCCGCUGUGAACGCCAGCUUGGCCGACUAUGCAAAGGCGGUCUCUAACUCAUCGAACGGCGCAGUGCAGGAAGCCAACGUUCUGGCGGCUUUCAAACUGCAGUAUGGUUUGAUCUUCGAAUCACAGGUUCCGUUUGCAGAGAUUGUCCUCCUCCCGAUCGCCGAUUCGUUCUCUUCUGAAUACUGGCCGCUACUUCCUUUCUCGAGAGGCAGUAUCCACAUUCAGUCCGCGAAAGCCUCAUACCCAGCUGCCAUCAAUCCGAACUACUUCAUGUUUCCAGAGGAUAUCAACGCCAACGUCGACGUGGCUCGGUUCAUUCGCAAGGCAUUUGGCAUAACUCCCCUGAGUGAUCUUGUGGGAGAUGAGUUUGCACCAGGGCUGGAUAACCUACCUAACGAUGCGUCCGACUCUGAAUGGCAGGACUGGGUCAAGUCAACCUAUCGGUCAAACUUCCACCCAGUGGGGACUGCCAGCAUGCUUCCCCGCAACAAGGGUGGCGUCGUCAGCUCCGACCUCAAGGUUUACGGUACCAAGAAUGUUCGGGUAGUUGAUGCUUCUAUUUUGCCAUUCCAACUAUGCGGGCAUUUGACAAGCACUCUCUACGCCGUGGCUGAAAAGGCGUCAGAUAUAAUCAAGAAGCAAUACCGAUUCUAG